AUGCCUCACCACGGACACCACCACGGCGGCCACAGAGACCACAAGUCUCGCGACAGCGAACGCCGCUCUGGCAACAGCAACGACAGCGGAAACAAUAGCACCCACUCGCUCAAAAACUACAGCAUCUGGGUCGCUAACCCCGUCUCCUUCGUCGCCCAAACCCCCCAACAAGACCCCAAAUCCCCUCACAUCACCCUGAAACUCACAGACGGCACCAACAGCCCGGAAGCCGACAUCAACGUAAAGUCAACCUCCCAAGACUCUCGUCUGGUCUACUGGACCAACAAUGCUUUUGUCCAUCCAAUCACCCAACAACUGGAGUCUCUACCUCUGGGUCAAAAGAUCUUGACGCCAUCGAAUGGACAACCAUCCCCUUUGGCCCUGGAUUUCCUGCGUACUUCCCCUGCGCUUCUCGACUUGAGUGCUGGUACAAUUCUCCCAGCUACAGGCAACGACACUAUCGAGUCUACCCUCUCCACUAUCCUCAACACCGCAAUCAAUCAAAAAGCAAAAGUUUAUCUCUGGGGCCAAGCUUACAAUGACUCGAAUGGCGAAAGCGGUAUCCAUGAUAUCCACAUGAAUCAAGGCAAUACGGGAGACUUCACAGAUGAUGUGUUCAGUGAUGGCAGCUUUGUGGUGCAGUUUGAAGAUCAUUGGGAAGCCGUGUUUUUGGCGUUUGCGGAUCAGGAGGUGCCGACUGAUGAUGAGACUGGUGACCCCACUGCUGAUGCAAAGGCUUUUGAUCAGACUUUGUCGUCGUCGUCGUCGUCGUCCUAG